GAUGGGUACCCCCUCCUCAUUGCAUCGAUUGCAGCUGCAACCCGCAAUCCAAUGGCUGAUCACAUAGCGACGGGACAACAACUUGCUAACAAAGCUGAGAAAAAGCUCUUCUGCUGUUGCGCCUUGUUUGGCUCCAAUUAUGAAGAUGCUGCUGAACUUUUCCUCAAAUCUGCUAAAUCAUUCAAACUUGGAAAAUCAUGGGACAAAGCAGGUUCAAUCUUCAUCAAAUCAGCUAAAUGUCAUAUGAAGUUAGAUAACAAGUUUGAUGCUGCUAAAGCUUAUGUAGAUGCUUCCCAUUGUUACAAGAAAACAUCUAGAAAAGGAGGUAUUACAUGCUUAAAACAAGCAGUAACUAUCUUCAUGGAAAUUGGUCAACACAUUAUGGCUGCAAAGUAUUGCAAGGAAAUCGGUAUUUAUGAGUUGAUCAUUUCGAGAGCGAAGCUUGAACUUUUUGAUAUUCGCGGGGAUUCAGCAACCUCUGUAAUCCAGUGCAAACAGAAAGUUGCACAAUUUUCUGCUCAACUUCAACAAUAUCAGAAAGCAAUUAAGAUUUAUGAAGAUACUGCUCAACAAUCUCUAAACAACAAUUUACUGAAAUAUGGAGUUAGAGGAUAUCUUCUUAAUUCUGGCCUUUGCGAGCUUUGUCGAGGGGAUAUUGUUGCAAUUACCAACACCUUGGAGCGCUAUCAGGACUUGGAUCCAACAUUCUCUAGAACUCGUGAAUACAGAUUUUUAGCUGAUUUGGCUGCAUCAAUUGAUAACGAAGAUGUUGCAAGUUUUACUCGAGUUGUCAAGGAGUUUGGAAGCAUAACCCACUUGGAGUCUUGGAAGUCAACCCUUUUAUCUAGAGUUAAGGAUGCUUUGGAAGCAAAAGUGAUGGAAGAGGAUGAUUUGACAUGAACAAAUCAUUAUUGAAUUCUCGGCCAAUGAAGCUCUUCCAACUUUGUAAAUGUCGGUGGUAAGGAUAUACGAAUCGAUGUUGUAUUGUACUAGUAUCAUAUAGUGUUGGCAUGGCCCAAAAUGUAAAUAGAGAACACACGAUAUUUGAUCACGGAGUUCGGCCAAUUGUGUCGACGUCUUUGACUGUAGAGCAGCUGUUGUAUCAUUCUUGUAUUCAAACAUAGGGCUUACACAAUACAACUUGUGUUUAAAUUCUACGAUCUCAAGCAACCUUAUGACUUACGAACAAGCUAUGAGUCAUACCCACCAUAUAGUAAUAGAUGGGUAAAUCUUUCUGAGUUGUAUUUUAUUUUAUUUUUGGUAUUCACAAAUUCAUCAUGACUUCAUGAAUUCAUAUGUAUAAAAGUAUUCAGUGUUUCAUUUUUCUACA